AUGUCGUUCUUCGGCCUCGGAUCCGGUGCCAACGCACCCGUAAACCCCCAAAAACUCGCCGCGGCGGAGGCAGAGCUGGAUAUGGUUACCGAUCUCUUCAACCGAUUGGUCUCCUCAUGUCACGCCAAAUGCAUUCCCCCAAAAUACGGAGAGGGCGAGUUGAACAAAGGCGAGUCUGUCUGUAUCGAUCGGUGUGUAUCCAAGUACUUUGAGGUGAACCAGAAGAUUGGAGAGUACGUUCCCUUCCAUCUCUACUCGACGUUGAAGAGUGUUUGCUGA